AUGUCAACUCAUCAUCCCACAUUCGGCACAUCUAGUGGGAUAGGAAGUGUGUUCAAAUCGCUAACUAAAUCUUUCAAACCAUCAUCAUCUAUCACCAAAGAUGUACCUGUCACCAUCAAUCCUACCGUGGUCGGAGGAGACCAAAACUUGCAAAAAAUCUUAAAUCAACUGCUAUCGGACUCCACAUCACCCCCAGCUCGACUCGAAGCACUAGAGCAACUAACCGAAAGUAUUCAAAGGUUUUCCCUUUCUUCAAUUCAGGAAAUAUGGUACUUGGUACGUCAUUUCUGCGACCUCAAGCAGCCACGCAAUAUUAGACGACAAGCUUUCAAAUUGUGUAUUGUUUGUAUUGAAAAAGAUGAUAAUUCGAUUGGUGCUAGGACUAGAUAUUUCAGUGAUAUUUACAAGUACACUCAAUUUACUCGAACGCACUUUGAUCCUGAGUUCAAACUUAUUCUAAGAGCAUUGAGUAUAUUGUCUAAAGAUGGACAUGACAUUCAUGACUUUAUCAUAUUUGAUGACCAUAGGAACUUGAUUCGAUGGUUGACGAAGGGUAUUGAUACUCUAGUUUCUGUUUCAAAUAACAUCAAGGAGCAGCAGAGUGAUGUGCAAAUCAGUAAUUGCGUUGAAUUGUUACAUUUUGCAACCAACUGCUUGAAAUUCAACCAUGCUACGCUAAAGGAUUUUGCCAAUGCAAGUGUGCCAAAAUUGACUUCUGUGCAGACAGUGGAUGAACAACUUCUUCAAGCCAUUGUUGACUUUUUUAACUGUCUUACUUCGUUUCGAAAGUUACGAAGUGAUAACAUUUCUCAAAUCAUCAAGUAUUUGGCAAUGGCUCAUGAGCAGACAACAGAUCUGAGUCUAAAGAAACGAGCUUUAGAAUCAGUUGAAAACAUGUGUGAUGAGACUACAUCAUUAUUCAUUUGCUCUACUUUGUGUGGUCAAAUCUCAGAUCCUUCGCUUAAACAACUUUCACAUGAGACUCAUUUCACACCAGCCAUCUCCAUUUGUCUUGGAUCCUUGGACUUGAUAGAACUACUAAGAGUUAGGCUCCGAUUAGAAAAGAGCAAGCUUGAAUUUCCACUGUUUUUAUAUCUUCGUUCAAUUGUGGAUGCUUUGCAUUUGAAGAUCCCCUCGGUAAACAGAAAGAUUUUGCAAAUAUUAGCCACUGCGUUCAUGGGUCUGUUUUAUAAACAGUAUUUCGAAACGGACUCUACUGGGUUAUUCAAUGAUAUAUUUCCUUUUCAAAUUUGGUAUUAUGAUGGAUGCUCGUUGUUUAAUGUACUCGAAGCGGUCACAGUGAAUGGCGAUGAAGAUAAAUAUUUAAUGGAAAACAUAUGUGAUUCAAUAAAGGGCCUCUAUCAAUCUCAUGAAUUAACUAUCCCCAAGGAUAAAAUGUUGGAGCUUUUCGUGAAAGAAAGUUCAUACAUAUCUGAAGAUGUCGCUUUAUUUGUAUUGCAAGGUUUCCAAGAAGAAAAAAGUUGUUUGCUAUUGAAUCCACUAUGGCAUGAGGCUUCAUUACGAUUGUUGAACCAUUUCUACUAUGCCAAUCAUAGUGUAACUGUGAGACAAAAAUGCUUGGAAGUAAUUUAUGCCGCAUUCAAAAUGUCAUUGCUAGUAUUUGAAUCGAAAAAUUACAACUAUGACAUCUUUCUUGAUAUAUUCAAAGAAUCAAGCGAGGAAACCGACGAGAAUUUACUUCAAUACCUAUGUGGCGAUAUUUUGGCGACGUUACUUGCUGAAUCAUCAUCAGAUAUAUUUUUUGAAUUUACUUCGUUGUUGAAACCUUUAUUUGAAAAGAAACAAGCUCCACGAAAUGAGAUCAUCAUGUCAAGAGGAUACAUGAGCUCCAAGCCAACUCGUUCCACGCCCAAGGCAUCUGCCAUAUUUUUAGUCAACGUGACUAGGGCCAUCUGUACUGCGUUUACCAUCUCCUCUGGGUCUAGAAAAGAAGACUGUUAUAAUGUUUUGAUAUCAAUUGCCAAUGCAACUCAGAAUGGGGAAGUGUUGUUAACUAUUGCUAAAUGUCUCAUCAGGCUCAGAGUCACUGCAGAGAAUUAUAUAUAUAUGACCAACCCACAAGAUAUGGUUGGUUUGGCAUCUGCUUUUAAAAGGGAUAAUGUUACACCAGCUGCUGGACAGUUGUGGACUUAUCCCGAAACUGUUGACUUUAUCCCUAAUGAAUAUCUCAACAAACCUAAGGAGAACUUGCAAAUCCUUUCCCCGAGCGUGAAUGAGCAUAAUCUGGAUAUUUAUUUCAUUGAUGUUAAGAAAUGGUUCAAUGUGGUUUUACACAUUAUGGGGAACUUUGUCGAAUGGGAAGUUUAUUCUUAUGUGUGGGCGCAUUUUUGUUCUCAAUUGUCCAAUAUGCAAUUGUUCAGACAUUGCGAAGAAGAGAUACUUGAAUUUAAAACCAUUGUAUGUAAUCAAUUGAUUUUGAAAUUACCUCAAGAGUUAGUUUUUCCUAAAUCUGGUGAUCUUACUAAGGCGGAUUUACAAGUCGCUUUAGUAAGAACAUUUUCUUCACUUAUUGGGUAUCACGAUUCGUUUCUGAAGACUGAUGAAGAUCAAAUUACCUCGAGUUUGAUAUUUGGAUUAGGAUCAUGGGAAAAAACGGCAAUUCCAUGUAUAAAUAUCCUCACUAUAUGUUGUUAUGAAAUCCCAUUAUCGAUUAAGAAAUAUUUGACUUUAAUUUUGACUAAAUUGCAAACGAGAAUCACUAGUGCUAAUGCAAGUACACAUACUUUGGAGUUCCUAAGUUCAUUGGUUCAUUUACCGGUCUUGGUUUCUGAUUUCACCAUGGAAGAAUUCAAACGUGUUUUUGGAAUUGCAUUCAAGUAUAUUCAGUAUGCCAGAGACAUUGAGUUGAGAAAUCCUGAUCACCUUGUAGUACCAAAUGUACAACAACACGGAGUUGAUGCAGAAGUAGAAGUGACACCAUCGACAAAGACCAAAGGUGUUUCAUCAUUUAUGCUGCAAUACAUUUUAAUCCUAUCGUACAAUGUCAUAUCAAGUUGGUUCCUUAAGAUUGAAAUGAGUGAACGAAAGAAAAUUUCAUCGUUCUUGAUUAAGCAAUUAAUCGCAUCAGAUGAAUUGAGUGAAUCGGAACAAUUAGGCGACCAUACAAUCGGGUUUUUGGACUUUGUCAGGAAAUUCACCUUUAGUGACUUACCUUUAAAAGUGGUAAAUUCUACAAAAAACAGGCAAAACAGUGAUGACGAUCGUACUGUAUUAAACCGAUGGAUGGUUGGAUGUUCAGUAGUGAGCAUUGAAACUGAAGUUCACCUGGGCGAUACAGAAAUCUUAAUUAGGAAACCAACUGGUGUCAGUAAAUUGAUUGUGCAAUUGGAUCAUGAAACAGAAGCACUGAAGAAAUCACCCGAGGUGAUUGAUCCUAAUUACUAUUUGUUACAAUUGUUUGAUUCCAAGUUGAAGCCAAUACCCGUGUUGGAAGAUACAAUCAUUUCACGAGGAUUGGCAGUAUUGGAUCGUAUUCCCAGUGUCGAAUUCCACAAGAUUGGUAUUGUGUAUGUGGGCGAAGGACAAUCUACUGAAAAUGAAGUGUUUUUGAACAAAGUUGGGUCUUUGAACUAUCUAAAAUUUUUGGAUAAGAUUGGUGACCUUGUCAAAUUGAAAAAAAACAAGGAUAUAUAUACUGGUGGAUUAGAUACAGAAAGUGAUUUAGAUGGAGAGUAUGCCAGAUGUUGGAGUAGCAAAUUGACCCAAGUGAUAUUCCACAUCACAACAAUGAUGCAUCGUGAAGACCCAACAACUCCUAUAGGCAAUGGAUUAAUAUCAAGCACGAUUGAAAAUCAAAAGAUUAUCGAUACGAAGAAAAGACAUAUUGGGAAUAACUAUGUCAAUAUAUUUUUUGAUGAAUCAGGCAGUCAAGAUUUCAACUUCAAUUUAAUCAAAAGUCAAUUCAAUUUUUUGAAUAUUGUUAUAUCGCCACAAACAAUCCAAACUAAAAAAUCAACCUCGUUACUAUUCGCUCCUCAAAAUGGACGCAAAUUCUUCAAAGUAAAAACGUUUAGGCGAGCCGGAGUACCGGCAGUUUUCGCAACUUGUCAUUUCAAACUUGUAAGUGAAGAUCAAUUACCAUAUUUAGUUCGAAGUAUUGCCAUCUUGGCUAGUGAAUUUGCCAAUGUAUGGCAUGCAAGUGAUUUGUCAGGGAAAUAUGUCACCAACUGGGCACAAAGAGUGAAACAGUUGCGAUUACUUUAUGAUAAAUCGUUGGAAAAUGUCCAAAAGGAAAAAGACCAUGAUUUGUCUAAUGAAAACUUUGAACAAUCGGCUUUAGCAGAGUUGUACAAUUCAUUCGAGUUUAAUUCUUACACAUUAUAG